AUGGACCUGAUGAGCUCACGAUUCAAAUCCUUCGGCUUCAGACGCAAUAAGAACCACAGCAGUAGCAGCACCGUUUCGACGACCCAAGCCAACAGCUCCAGCCCGUCCACCAACACUCUCAUCGCCCCUUCCCUUGCGACCCCCUCGGGUUCUCCGCCGUCGGGCCAUAGUUCGUCGUCAACCAGUCUCCCCAUGAAUAAUCCAAAUACGUUGGGUCGCCCGCCAGGUUACACCUACAACACCGCGGGGCGGCCAACCAGCCCCAUGCCGCCCGGUCAACAACAGUUGGCCCACCAUCCUCCCGCGCUGAACACCAACGUGCAGUAUGGACACCAACCCGUCCAGCCAAUGGGCGCACCGCCUGGAUAUCCGUUACAGCAACCCGUCCCCCAUGGAAUUCCGCCUCCAGUGCCGCAGCCCCAGUACGGAGUACGAAAUCCCGCAGUCGAGGUGGAGGGCGCUGGGCGGAGCAAGGCACAGCUGAUUGUGGGUAUUGAUUUCGGGACGACGUUCUCCGGUGUCGCUUUUGCGUUUGCGACGAACAACGAAGCGCGGGAGGAUAUCAUUACGGAAUGGCCUGGAGCCGGAACGCAUACCAAGCAGAAGAUUCCUACGGUUCUCUACUACGAUCAAUAUCAGAAGGUGGUGGGUUGGGGUCCGGAUAUCGCAGACGCUCUCGCUCCCACCGGUUACCCGAAGACCGGUGUGCAGAAGGUCGAAUGGUUCAAGCUGCAGCUCAUGCUCUCCGGCAACACUUACAUUGAUCCCAUUAACCUGCCGCCUCUGCCACCCGGCAAAUCAGAAAUCGAUGUGGCCGCCGACUAUCUGUUCAAGCUGCGACAAGCGAUGCGAGCUCAGUUACAGAAGACGCUUGGUGAGGUUUUUACCCGGGAAGAGCGCAAUAUCCGGUAUUAUCUUACUGUGCCCGCGAUCUGGAACGAUGCAGGAAAGGCGGCAACCCGAGCGGCGGCCCUGCAGGCUGGAUUCCUGCGCGACGAGAAUGACAAUCGCCUGACGCUGAUCUCGGAGCCCGAGGCCGCGGCGCUGUUCUGCGCGAAGUCGGGCUUGCUCCAGUUGAAAGUUGGGGAUGCGAUUCUGAUCGUCGACUGUGGUGGAGGAACGGUGGAUCUGAUCGCGUACGAGGUCGAGGAGGAGCAGCCCUUCAGCAUCGUUGAAUGUACAGCUGGAUCGGGAGAUUCGUGUGGCUCUACCGCUCUGAACCGGAACUUCAGCAACAUCCUCCGAGCGAAGAUUCGCAAGAUGAAACUGCCAGACGGCUCCCGUACCGCCGGAAAAGUGUACGCCAAGUGCAUCAUGGACUUUGAGAACCGCAUCAAGGCGGAUUUCCGCAACAACGGCCAGAAGUGGGCUGUGGACGUGGGUAUUGAGGCCGACUUCCCAGACGCGGGCAUCGAAGAUAGCUACAUGACGUUCACGAACGAGGAGAUCCUGCAGUGCUUCGAGCCUGUGGUGAACCGCAUCCUGGAAUUGGUACGGAACCAGAUCAUUGCGAUCCAGGCGCAGAACCGAUCUCUCCAGAACGUCCUGGUGGUGGGAGGAUUUGGUGCAUCCGAGUAUCUCUUCCAGCAGAUCAAGCUGCACGUACCACCGCAGUAUCAGUCCAAGGUGGUUCGGCCGAUGGACUCGGUCGCCGCGAUCGUCAAAGGCGCCGUGACGGCGGGUAUCACCGAGCGCGUGAUCACCCAUCGGGUCGCUCGCCGGCACUACCUCAUGGCCACGCUGCAACCAUUCAAGGAAGGCUACCACCCGGAACAAUACCGGGUUCCCAGUCUUGACGGGCGGGACCGAUGCAAGUACACACGGCAGAUCUUCGUGCAGAAAGGGGAGCGGGUCAAGAUCGGCGAACCGGUCAAGGUCAGCUUCUUCCGGCAGGUUGCACCGGGCGCGACCCUGAUGUACGAGGACAUCCUGUACGCCUCUGACGAGGAUGUGUGUCCUGAAUACACCAAAGAUCCCCGAAUCACGGAGGUUGUGACACUGACCUCGGAUCUAUCCCGGAAGAAUCUCGAAACCGAUUUCGAGCGCAUGGAUACACCGCAAGGCACAUUCUACCGAGUGUAUUUCGAUAUCUAUUUGACGCUGGACGGCAGCGAGUUCAGCGCCGAGCUGGUCUGCCAGGGCGAGGUCAUGGGCCGCUGCCGGGCCAAAUUCCGGUAA